AUGAGGAAACUUACAUCUACAACCACCAUUGGGUCGAAGAGGAAGCAUCCCAGCAACAACCAAGCGAAUGAGAAUAGUAAUAUCACUGAUGCAGCCUACGGGUCGCCAAUUGAAUCCAGCCGGAGUGCAGUCAAUAGUAAACCGCUUAUUGGUGUUUUCCAAAGUUCGCUAAGUACGCCAUUAAGUAUUGUUACAAAUGGUUUUGCAAGUAACGGUUGUAUUACAAAUGACAAUAAUAUGCAAAUAGUCGUUGUAGAGCCAGAGAGUCGACCCAUCGAGCAUUGCCGAAAUCUGAUGCAUGAUUUUCAGGAAGUUGUUGAACCGUUACAUGACAAUAUGCCCCCAAAUAAUGGUUAUUAUUUUGAUAUUGGUGAUCCAGAUUAUGUUUGCGAGCAUUGUAAUUCGUUUUUUUGGUACAAUGAACGGUCAAGCAAUUCCAAGGGCUCUGAAAAUCCAAAAUACUCUGCAUGUUGUGUCAAUGGGAAGAUAAAGUUGCCAUUAAUGACAAAGCCUCCUCAGAAGUUGCAUGACCUAUUCUUUAGAACCAGUGAUAAAAACAAAUGUUUUUUAAAGAAUAUACGUUCCUACAACAACAUGUUCUGCUUCACGUCCAUGGGUGGCAAAAUUGAUAGAACUAUUAACAACGGAACAUCACCGCCUAUAUUCCGUAUUAAUGGUCAAAAUUUUCAUCGCAUUGGGAGCUUAGUCCCUUCAGUUGGCAUUCAACCUAAAUUUGCCCAGUUAUACAUUCACGAUACAGAAAAUGAGAUAGAAAAUCGAUUCAACUCUUUGAGGGCGCAAAACAAUGGUUCUACAUUGCAUGUUGAGGUAGUACACGACAUUAAGCAAACGCUAGAUGAACACAAUGUGUUGGUUAAGUCAUUCCGAAUGGCCAAGUCGUUUAUUGAAUCUAAUCCUCAAACUCAGAUAAGAAUGAGAUUAAUAGGGAAGAUGACCAAAGAUGCCAGAACUUAUGCGCUUCCAACUACAUCCGAGGUUGCCGCUCUCAUUGUUGGAGAUAUAGACCCUUACAUGGGACAGCGUGAUAUUAUUGUCGAGUCUAGAUCAAGAGUCCUGAAACGAAUAAGUGAAUUAAACCCAGCUUAUUUACCAUUGCAAUACCCAAUAUUAUUUCCAUAUGGAGAGGAUGGUUUCAGGGAAGAUAUACAUUUUGCUACACAGGGUACUAAACAAGACUUUUCAAGAAAGAGUGUUUCACAAAGAGAGUACUUCGCGUUCCGUAUACACGAAAGAUCAAAUGAGAUCUCAACUAUAAUGUAUGCUAAAAGGUUAUUCCAGCAAUUCUUGGUUGAUGCAUAUACUAUGGUUGAAUCUUCGAGGUUACUCUAUAUUCGGUUAAAUCAAAAAGCUUUGAGGUGUGAGGCCUACAAAGGACUCUCUGAUGCGCUGACACGAGGUGAAGUUCAACCAGUUCUCAAGGUAAAAGAAUCAUAUUACCAUCAAGUUUCACUGGAGGAGCAAGAACGCUUCUUGGAGAAAAGAAACUUGAAAGCUGAAGAUCGCCCGGACAUUGUUUGCCGUGUUUUCAAAAUGAAGCUAGACUGUUUAAUAAAGGAAAUAAAAAAUGGGAAACUAUUUGGUCGCGUAAAGGCAGUUAUAUACACAAUUGAGUUCCAGAAACGUGGUCUUCCGCAUGCUCACAUAUUACUAUUCCUUCAAGCGAACAGCGAAUUUGCUGACCCGGCCUUUAUGGACACGAUCAUUUCAGCCGAGAUCCCCGACAAGGUGACAGAGAAUGAAUACUACAAACAUGUUGGAGAAUUCAUGUUGCACGGCCCGUGUGGUGCUGCCAGAAUGAAAUCCCCGUGCAUGGCAAAUGGCAAGUGUUCAAAGCAUUUUCCAAAAAGAUACAUUGAUGCAUCGCAUUUUGACCAAGAUGGUUACCCGUUGUCAAUCAAGUACUUAUUCAAGUACGUAAACAAGGGCAACGACCGGGUCACUGUUGAGUUUUAUAAGGCUACAAUCGAUGGUGCUGGUAACGAGAUUGUCGAUGAGAUAAACAUGUACUAUGAUUGCAGGUACGUAUCUGCAUGUGAGGCAACAUGGAGGUUGUUUAGUUUUGAAGUACAGUACAGAACUCCCCCGGUUGAGCGAUUAAGCUUUCACUUGCCGGACUACCAAUCAGUUGUUUUCCAAGACGAUGAUACGAUUGAUAAUGUCCUCAAUAGGGAAACCGUUGGGCAAAGUAUGUUUAAUGCAUGGUUUGUAGCCAAUCAGAAGUUCAAAGAAGCGAGUUUACUGACGUACAUCGAGAUGCCUACCAAAUUUGUGUGGAAGAAGGACAUCCGUGAAUGGCAUCCAAGAAAGAAGGGUUCCUCAAUUGGUAGAAUAUUCUAUGUGCCUCCAGCUUCAGGCGAAAUAUAUUAUUUUAGGUGUCUAUUGAACAUAGUCCGUGGCCCGACAAGUUACAAAGAUAUUAGGACAGUUAACGGUGUUGAGUACUUAACCUUUAGAGAUGCGUGUUAUGCUCAUGGAUUGUUAGACGAUGAUAAAGAGUACAUUGAUGCUAUAAAUGAAGCAAGUUACUGGUCAAGUGCGCAUUCAUUGAGGAAGCUAUUUGUUGUCUUACUAACAUCAUCAUCAAUUAUUAGACCCGAAAAUGUUUGGAAUCAAGUGUGGGAACAUUUGUCGGAAGAUGCUCAACAUUAUCAAAGGAGAGUAUUAAAACAACAAGAUUUGGUCUUAACAGAGGAAGAGAAAAAGAACUUUGCAUUAAUUGAACUGGAAAACCUGUUGGAGUUGUCAUACGAUUCGGAACAAUUGAAGGCAGAUUCUGAGGUCCUUCGUGCCAAACUAACUGAAGAACAGGGUCUCAUAUAUGAUACUGUUAUCAAAGAUAUUGAGAACAAGAAGGGUGGCUUAUUUUUUGUUUAUGGCUAUGGUGGAACAGGAAAGACUUUCCUGUGGAGAGCGUUAUCAGCUGCAGUCAGAUGCAAAGGACGAAUCGUUUUAAAUGUCGCUUCAAGUGGCAUAGCUUCUUUGUUGUUACCAGGUGGCCGGACUGCACACUCGAGAUUUGCAAUACCUAUUGCAAUAAAUGAGGACUCUACCUGUAACAUUAAGCAAGGUAGCGACCUGGCUGAGUUGCUGAUCAAGACGAGCUUGAUAAUUUGGGAUGAAGCUCCCAUGAUGCAUAAACAUUUCUUUGAAGCUUUAGAUAGAACCAUGCGGGAUUUGUUGCGUUUUGUAGAACCUAAUAGUGAAAUGAAGACGUUUGGUGGUAAAACAGUUGUCCUGGGUGGGGAUUUCCGUCAAAUUCUUCCAGUAGUUCCCAAAGGUACAUGGCAAGACAUUGUUUCUUCAGCGAUCAAUUCAUCAUACCUAUGGGAUAGUUGCAAAGUCUUAAGGUUGACUAAAAACCUCAGGCUCAGCUCGGUACCAAAUUGUGGAAACCGGCAGGCGUUACAAGAGUUUGCUGACUGGAUUGCCAAUAUUGGGGAUGGGAAGAUUGGUGGCCAGAAUAACGGGUUUGCAGAAAUUGAAAUGCCAAUGCACAUGUUAGUAUCAUCCGGGGGGGACGACAUUAAAGCAAUUGUGCACAGUACAUUUCCUAUGUUUGCAAGUGGGAACACUGACCCCGAGCACCUAUUGGGUCGUGCCAUAUUAGCACCGACGCUCGACGUUGUCAACGCUGUUAAUGACUAUAUGACUGAGUUGCACAAUGCCGAAAGUAGGUCAUACUAUAGUUCAGACGCAGUAUGCAAAGCCGGUGGCGAUAACGGUAUAUUUGGAGACGUACACACACCGGAGUUUCUAAAUAGCAUUCGGGUUUCAGGUCUACCAAAUCAUACACUGACUUUGAAAAUCGGAUCACCAGUAAUGUUAAUGAGAAAUAUUGACCAUUCACUUGGUUUGUGCAAUGGAACUCGGUUGAUAAUCACAAAGCUAGCAGAUCAUGUGAUUGAAGGCGAGAUUCUGACUGGUCCCAACAAAGGUACAAAGGUGUUAAUCCCCCGAAUGUCAAUGGCACCCUCGGAUCCAAGAUUGCCGUUCAAGUUUCAACGAAGGCAAUUCCUAUUGAUGCUUUCAUAUGCGAUGACCAUAAACAAAAGUCAAGGCCAAACGUUGACCCAUGUAGGUUUAGUACUAAAGAAACCGGUUUUUGUACACGGUCAGUUGUACGUAGCUGCAUCUCGGGUUAAUAAUCCAGACGGUCUCAAAAUAUUGAUAGCAAAAGACUCAAGUUCAACUACAACCUCAACCACUAAUGUUGUAUAUCAUGAAGUUCUCAAUAAUUUGUAG